AUGAGCUUCAACGCUCUUCAGAAGGAAAACUAUUGCAAUAGUUUACUAAAAACAUGCAACUUUGCCAACACACAGCUAGAUUGUGUUGCUAGAUUCUGCACGGGGGUCCCUUACAGCUGGGGUGGCUGCCAGCAGUCUGGCCCAUCUGCCUUUGUCCCCUUUCCAGCGCAAAUCUCCCACUGCUGCACGGCCCAGGACCCCAACGCGUGCUUUAGCGCCCUUCAGAAGGGCGGCGGCAGCGGCGGCGGAGACUCCGUCACCUCCGCGGUGCAGCUUCCCGUGCCCUGCGCGACAUUGACCUCCAUUCUGCAGAGCUGCGCAUCGGCGUCAUCAGCGGCCUUUGUCAACGGCAACGGCGACACCAAGGCCCAGUGUCUCUGUUACGACGGCAACGGCAACCCCAACGUGGCGCGAUGGGACAGUGCCGAGGCGGCUUGCUACGCGCUAGGUGCCGCGUCUGUGGGCUCUAGCUUCUGGUCUGCCGUCUCGGCGGACGGGACGAAUUGGUGCGCUAGCAAAGUCGGUGCCGGCAGCACCACCGCCACAGUUUCUGGCAACGGUGGUGGUGCACCGACGACGAGCUCGUCGUCGUUGCCGGGCCAGGCCUCGCCGACCAAGUCUGGUGCUGCUACUGGACAAUAUACUUCGCUCAUACGUUGCAUGAAAUGGCUCUCGGGCGGUUGUGUUGCUUUGUAUGUACUUCGAGAAGCACUAUAA